AUGUCUAGACGCGCAGUGUCUCCGACGGCCUCUGAGCCCGAAAUGGACAUUUUCGGGUCCAUCUACCCAGGAGAUGACUCCACCAGCGGCAAGCAGAAAGGAGCUGCGGAUGCCGACGCCGAUUUCGACUUUGACGGUCUGAUGAACGGGCGUGGCCAAGACGAUGAUGAUGGCGACGAAGCGUUCAUUGCGCUGAAGCAGGCCGCGUCUUUCAGAAAAUCGUCGAACCUCAAGGGCCGCACCGUCAAAAAGGGUGGUGGUUUCCAAGCCAUGGGAUUGAACGCCAAUCUUCUGAAAGCAAUUGCCCGAAAAGGUUUCUCAGUUCCGACGCCCAUUCAGCGAAAAACGAUUCCCCUGGUUCUCGACAGAAAAGAUGUUGUUGGCAUGGCUAGAACUGGUUCCGGAAAGACGGCCGCCUUCGUCAUUCCCAUGAUUGAGCGCCUGCGCGCCCACAGCGCUCAGUUCGGAGCCCGCGCCCUCAUCAUGUCCCCGUCUCGUGAAUUGGCCAUCCAAACACUAAAGGUUGUCAAAGAAAUGGCAAGAGGCACGGACCUCAAGGCCGUUCUACUCGUUGGUGGUGACAGCUUGGAGGAGCAGUUUGGUUCCAUGGCGGCCAACCCAGAUAUCGUCAUUGCCACGCCCGGUCGAUUCCUGCACUUGAAGGUUGAGAUGAGCCUCGAUAUACGUUCAAUCAAAUAUGUCGUCUUUGAUGAAGCCGAUCGCCUCUUCGAAAUGGGUUUUGCUGCCCAGCUCACCGAAAUUCUUCACGCCCUCCCGCUCUCGAGACAAACACUGCUCUUCUCGGCUACGCUCCCUACGUCCCUCGUCGAGUUUGCCCGAGCCGGUCUCCAAGACCCAAGCCUUGUGCGUCUAGACGCCGAUACCAAAGUUUCGCCAGAUCUUGAAAGCGCAUAUUUCAGCAUCAAGGGAGAUGAAAAGGAGGGUUCACUACUGCAUAUUCUACACGACAUCAUCAAGGUUCCUGUUGGCAAGCCCGAGGAUGCCGAUGAAGAGAAAGGCUCGAAAAAGCGUAAGAGAGGGCCCGAUGGCCCUGCGCGACCUACUGAACACUCUACAAUCGUCUUCACCGCCACAAAGCACCACGUCGAGUAUAUCGCCAACCUGCUGCAAUGGGCUGGAUUUGCCGUUUCUCAUGCGUAUGGUGCGCUGGAUCAAACAGCACGACGUAUCCAGGUAGAAGACUUUCGCCAUGGCAAAACCAACAUUCUGGUAGUCACCGACGUCGCCGCCAGAGGUAUCGAUAUUCCUGUCCUAGCCAACGUCAUCAACUACGACUUUCCCUCGCAACCCAAGAUCUUUGUUCACCGUGUUGGCCGUACCGCUCGUGCUGGUCAGCGUGGAUGGAGUUACAGUUUGGUUCGCGAUACAGACGCCCCCUACCUUCUCGACCUACAGCUCUUCCUCGGAAAGCAGCUGGUAAUUGGUCAAGAAAAACCGAACCCAUCAUACGCCGAGGACGUGGUCGUUGGCUCUCUGGUGAGAAAUACGCUAGAAGAGCACGUAGAAUGGUUCAAUCGGGUAAUACACGACAACGACGAUAUCAGUGGGCUUCAAAAAGUUUCUGUCAAGGCAGAGAGGCUGUACUUGAAGACAAGGAACUCUGCCUCCAGCCAAAGUGCCAAGAGAGCCCGUGAAGUCGUGGCUUCUGCUCCUUGGGUUCAGCUGCAUCCUCUUUUUGGCAACGAUGUUAACAACGACGAAAAGGCCCGAGCAGAAAUGAUGACGAAAAUUAGCGGUUUCAGGCCGAAUGAAACAAUUUUCGAAAUCGGACGCAGCGACAAGGCCUCCAACGAGGCCGCGGACGUAAUGAAGCAGUUACGCAAGAGAAUUACACCCCGCAGGCAACAAAAGGCUGAAGUAGAAGAAGUAAUUGACGAUGAUGAGAUUGACGCACCAGCGAUGGACAACUCUGACGAGGUCAUGGAUGAUGACGCUGGCCUCGACGCUGUGGAAGAGGACUCUGAUGAUGGCCUAGAAGUCACUAUUUCUAAUAAUGGCAAGUCCAAGAAGGACAGAGACGACUGGCGCGACUCUGAAAUUUUCAUGUCCUACACGCCACGCACGACCAACGCCGCCGAAGAGCGCGGCUACGGCGUCCACUCGGGCGGCGCCGGCUCCAGCUUCAUCGAGGCCGCGCGCGACGUGACCAUGGACCUGGGCGGCGACGAGUCCUCAAAGUCCUUUGGCGAGGCCAACAGGCAGCGCCUGCGUUGGGACAAGAAGUCCAAAAAGUACGUCUCGCGCCAAAACGACGAGGACGGCUCCAAGGGCGCCAAGAUGGUGACGGGCGAGAGCGGCGUCAAGAUUGCAGCCUCUUUCCAGAGCGGCCGCUACGACAAGUGGCGCAAGGCCAACCGCAUGGGACGCACGCAGCGCGUCGGCGAGGACGAAAAGGCCAGCGCCGCGUCGCUGCUGCCGCAGGGCGUGCGCUACAAGCACAAGCUGGAGCAGGCGCCCAAGGCCGCCGACAAGUACCGCGACGACUUCAAGGUCCGCAAGAAGCGCGUCGACGAAGCCAAGGAGAAGCGCGUCGGGCGCUUCCGGGACGGCGCCGGCAGCAAAAAGGAGAUCAAGGGCGUGCACGAUAUUCGCAAGGCCAGAGAGGAGAAGCAGAAGCGCAAGGAGAAGAAUGCUCGGCCGAUGCGGAAGCGCUCCUAG